CGUGGUAGAAAUGGAUAAAUACUCCAUAGCCAAUUUAAAUAGUAUUUGUUAGAAUUGUGCAAAAUUAAACCGAACAACCUUGAAUACGAAGUUUCAUGCACUGAAAAACUGUGAAAGGCAUUGUUUGUUUGUUAAUUACAAAUUCUGAAUGAUAAAUGAUUUCGUCAACGCCAAGAAUGAGUGUGCGAGCAUCAAGAUUAAGCGUCUUUUCCGGAAGUGGACAUCCGGAAGCUCCAGUAGUCACGUGCGACCCGUGCCGAUUCUCAGCCAAGACAUCCAACGCCGUGAAAUACUGCAAGGACUGUGGCGGCCAUUUCUGUAUCUAUUGUGCUAAGACCCACGCCAAGGCCCCUGCAACCCGGAAACACGUUCAGAUAGCGGUUACACAGGAGACAGCUCCAGACAAGACUCUCGGGAGACAGAAGAAGAUGUGUCAGGAACACGGGGCGAAGCUAAUCAGUUUCUGUGAAUCGCAUGACACCCUGUGUUGCAACGUGUGCGUUCUCGCGAGUCACCGUGAGUGUGCGAAAGUUGUGCCCCUUAGCGCAGUCGCAGACAGAAAUUACGUGUUCAGAAUGUGCAAGGAUUUAGAAUCGGCGAUCAAGAAACUUCAAAACAAAUUUGAAGAUCUUCAAGUACAAAAACUUGACUUCGUAAAAAACGUUGAGGAACAGACUGAAACAUUGGUCACAACUGUGAAAAUGUACAGGAAAUCUAUAGACGGGAUUCUUAAUAAAUUAGAAGAAGCUGUAAUGAAAAAGAAGGAUGAAUAUUACUUCGAGCGAACACAACAGGUCAACGGCCAAAUAAAAACAUGUAAAACCGCAAUCAAUGUGUUAGACGAAGCUUAUAAAGAAGUCGACACAACCAUGAGAGAAACUAACGCGGACAUGUUUGUCAACAUCAAGCGCGUGCAGGGCGUCAUAGGCCGGUACUCGGGAGUGCUGGAGAAGAUAGGUCCGUCAGAGAAGGACGGCGUUAAGUUUGUAGUAGAUACAAACAUUGAGAGGUUUUUAGGUGGCCUCGAGGCCCUCGGGGAAAUACUGGUUGAGAAAAACGCCGCCCGCCGCGACCUCUCACCGUCUAUAGCCUCCUCACGACGCAGCACCGGUGAUAACCGCCGCCCUAACUUUACCGCAGACGUCAAUGUAAAGCUGAAAUCAGACAGGAAGACGUGUUUUAUUACCGGUGCUACAUUCCUCUUUGACGGAAGACUUGUACUCGCAGACGAUACAAACAAAUGCAUCAAGCUUUUUGGGUCAGACUUCAAGCCGCUUACUUACGUUUCCACGGUGACGUCACCGCGAGACAUUAUAGCCAUUUCUCACCAUGAAGUAGCGGCCACUUUGCCGGCAGAAAAGAUAGUGCAACUAUUGAAAAUUAGUGGCAGGGACAUUGAAAAGAAGAAAGGAUUUCUAUUAGAUAUUGAAUGCUAUGGUAUUGCGUUCCAUGCGCAAGAUAUUUACGUAACGUCAGGUUGGUCUGCAGAGCGAGAAAUUCAAGUAUUAGCUCCGACUGGAGAACUUAGAAGGAAAAUUCGUCUAUCAAAGACCGUAUUUAGAUACCCCCUUUAUAUCACUGUUGAUCCUAAAACGGAGGUGAUAUAUGUGUCAGAUUAUAUAAAUGGUGUGAUAAGCUUAGAUAUGACAGGUAAAAUAUUAACACAGUGCCGGGAACCGGAUACCGGAUGUUACUAUAAAGGAAUUGAAAUGACGACGUCCGGUCAGGUAUACGUUUGCCAGUGGCAGCAAAACGCCAUCGCUCGCGUUCACACGGACGGACGCGGCCUCGAGACGGUCCUCAUAUGGGACCAGAAAGACCGCCGGAAGCCGCUGGCCAUUGCGUACACAACCAAGACCAAGCGGCUGGCCCUGUCCUUCUGUGGAGAGAAAAGAGACUUUCUCACUCUUUACAAGUUUUAUUGACUACCAUGCGAGUGUAUUUAAGUGUGUGUGCAUGCGUGUGUCAGUUAAAAAACUCCGUUUAUAGGUUACAUAUGUCUGUAAUUGCGGUGCAGCUCGGCGAUUGUCGUCACGAAAUAAUGUAUUACCCCCUUACUGAUUGACUUAAACAAUCAUGUACCUAUUGUUACUUCAGUUUGUAUUUGCUUAUAUGCGCUGAUCCUCAGUUAAAACUUAGAGCUACAACAGCCGUGAUGAAUACCCCCAGACGCCGCCUUGACACUGAAAUGGUUUUAUGUCGGAUUGGUGAAAGAACGAAUUAACUGUGACAGAAAUGCCAGGUGCAUCACAGCCCAUUCUGACCAACAUUCUCAUGAAAUUUCAUGAAUGUAGUUUGUACAACCUUUUGGUGGAACAGGAAAAAUUUUGUCAGAUAAAUUUGUUUCUUUCAAGGGCCAUAUAUGUAGUUGACUUAAGCGCGACUGUUUUAUAGGCCCAGAUAUAUUUAUCUGGGGUUAUAAGAAGUUAUUUCAAGAAGUCCCAACAGUGAUUAUAGUAGAAUCCCUUAAGCUUUGCCUCUACAGUUUUGUUAUAAGACUGUUGUUAAAACAACAUGAAAUAAAUGUUAAUACUGCAGAAUCUAUGUUCAUUCAUUAAA